UAAAAAAAAUAUUUUAAGGUCCACCAACCUUGAAAGAAAAUGGAUUUUUCAUAUAAAAUUAAUUUGGCUAGUGCUUCUCAUACUCCUUUUUUUUUAUUGUAUUUGAAUCUUCUCCAAUAGUUGGAAGAGAGAGAGGUUUCUCAGCAUUUAUGAGGUAAACAUAGGAAAUCACAGAUGGAGUUUCCAAAAACAAUACGAAAUCCAAUAACCCAACUCGCCCCUGAAUUAGUCAUCUGUACUUCACUCAGAAUCAAAUUCAAACUGCACAUAGUACGUCCUCAAAAUUUCUAGAGUACCCAAAAAUCCAAGAGCGACAGCAAGUCAACAGCUGAGUCUAAUUCAUUUCAUCAUAUGCCUCUGAACAUACUAUUCAUUCAUUCCAACCUCUCUCCUCUUUUCUUCUCUUCUUCUUUGCAUCUGACAUAUAAAACCCCAAUAGAAACAGAAUGAAAACACAGAGAUAAGAAAAAAAGUUUCAAUGACACCCAAAUUGAAUUACGUGCUUUUUUCAACCUCAACCAUCUUCUUCUUCUUCGUCUUCAUCAAUCUUCUCUCUCUCACAGUUUCCGAUCCUCGAAUCUCCGAGGCCGGCCUCUUCUGUGGCCGUUCUAGGUCACCCAAUGUGAAAACCAUCAUCCCAACCUUUACCCAGGCAAUGGAAACUCUCUCACAACUUGUGACAACUCAUCAAUGGGGUCACAACCAUGUCAACUCAACAGCACCUGUAUAUGUCCUGUUCCAAUGCCACCAAGACCUUUCUCACACUGACUGCCUCCUCUGCUACGCCGAGAGUCGAACCAGACUCCCCAGCUGCCUCCCAGCCACCUCUGGUCGCAUAUAUCUUGAUGGGUGCUUCCUCAGAUACGACAAUCAUAGCUUCUACAAUGAAAGCAUCGACCCUUCUACCGAUUCAGUGAAUUGUAGCAGUUCAGCAAUAGGCAGUACGGAUUUUGGGAGGAAUGUUGGGCUGCUGAUUGAUAAUUUGACUCAAACUGCUGUGUCGAAUAGAGGGUUCGCGGUCAUGGAGGCGAAGGGAGUGUAUGGUUUGGCGCAGUGUUGGAAGAGUGUGAGCAGUGAUGGGUGCAGAGAUUGUUUGGCCAAGGCUGCUAAGGAGGUGACAAACUGUGUGCCGGGUAGGGAAGGGAGGGGGUUAAAUGCUGGCUGUUUUUUGAGGUAUUCCACUGACAAGUUCUAUAGCAAUGGAGCUGAGGAAGUAAAUAAACAUUCUGGUGUCUCUGUAAAGAGGAUUGUCUUAGCUGUUACAUUGGCAGGGACGGCCUUCUUAAUGCUUUUAUUCUUUGCUGCUUAUGCAGGCUAUGCAAGAAUGUCGAAGAUGAAACAAGAACGCAGUAAUCUAGGCCAGGUUUCACUUUCGUAUAACAAGUCCGGCUUGAAUUUCAAAUAUGAAACACUUGAGAAGGCAACGGAUUAUUUUGAUCCAUCAAGAAAGCUAGGCCAGGGAGGAGCUGGUUCUGUAUUCAAAGGGACACUUCCUAAUGGAGAAAACGUCGCUGUUAAGAGAUUGUUUUUCAGUACAAGGCAGUGGGUUGAUGAGUUCUUCAAUGAGGUAAAUUUGAUCAGUGGAAUUGAACACAAGAACCUUGUGAAGCUUUUAGGUUGCAGCAUUGAAGGCCCUGAGAGUCUCCUGGUUUAUGAAUAUGUCCCCAACAAGAGCCUUGAUCAAUUCCUUUUCGAUAAGAACAAGAUUCAAAUUCUCAAUUGGAGCCAGAGGUAUGAUAUCAUUGUAGGAAUAGCAGAAGGGCUUUCAUACCUUCAUGGAGGUGCCCGAAUAAGAAUUAUCCAUAGGGACAUUAAAAGCAGCAAUGUUCUUCUCGAUGAGAAUCUGGCUCCAAAGAUUGCUGACUUUGGACUUGCUCGUUGUUUUGCUGCUGACAAGUCACAUCUUAGCACUGGAAUUGCAGGGACAUUAGGGUAUAUGGCUCCUGAAUAUCUUGUUCGUGGACAACUUACGGAGAAAGCUGAUGUCUAUAGUUUUGGCGUGUUGGUUCUUGAGAUUGUAUGUGGUAGGAAGAACAAUGCCUUUGUAGAUGACUCAAGUUCUCUUCUACAAACAGUUUGGAAGCUCUACAAGACAAACAGAUUGGCUGAUUCAGUUGAUGCUGGCCUGGAAAAUGAUUUUCCAGCAAAAGAGGCAGCCAAUGUGCUUCAAAUCGGACUACUAUGCACGCAAGCUUCAGUUUCUCUUAGACCAUCUAUGGCUAAAGUAGUUCAGAUGCUAACUAAUAAGGAUUGUGAACUUCCUCUGCCUAAUCAACCUCCUUUUUUGAACGCUAGCUUGAUUCAGCCUACCGGAUCUUACAGCGUAAACAGUUUGGUAUCGAACGUAUUGGCAAAAUUUGAAGUGUCUGAGGCCACCACCGAGUCCUCCAGCAUGCAUAGUUCAUUUGAUCCAUCAAGAAGUCAAUAAAAUUGGAUCCAAUCCCCAAGUCUGAAACAGCCAAUGCAAGCUUGACAAUAUUGAUUUUGCAGGCUUGGAAGUUAGAAUUUCAUGGGCAGAAAAGAGCAAUUUGUUUGAUAAUUUUCUUGAAGAAUGAAAUUUUGCACCAGUUAUGAGUUUGUAUAGAGGGAUAGGAAUCUCACAGCCUCAUAUAGAUGAUAAAAGCAGACAAAUACUGCAGAUGGUACAAGUAGCUUUGAUUAGGACUAUCAAUUGAGGCCAGUUUAUUUCUUUUAUUCUAAAUUUGAUUCUUAUAAUAAAAUAAAUGUUUCAAGACCAAACGAAAAAUAUAUAUAUAUAAAAUGGCAAUAAAUGGAAGGCAAGUAUAGCCUUAUUAUUCUU